GGAAGCUGUCUUUAUUGCGUCACAGAGCAAAGAUUCAAUAUAACUCUUCACCUUACAAUACACAACCUAUCUAUUACUAUUUUGCCAUCUUGUAUGAUAUACUUUAGGUAUAUAUAAUAAUAUAAAUAUUAUAACGGCACUGGACAUCAGUUAUUAGUCAAGAUGAACCCUUCAGGACCUGCACAGCCUCCUAAGGAUACAGCAUACAAGACGCAAGGAAACCCCGUUUCUUCGAACCCUUCAGAGCAGCACAGCGCGGAACACCACACACACGGAAAGCCCGUAGACGAGCGCUCACCGUCUGGUCAACAUUUCGGCCUCGGUGAAGCUGUACCUUCAAGUUUAGGGUACGGAAUCCACGGCGCGCCCGCUGGAGAGGAAAAGUAUGGCCGCACUCACGAGCAAGUCGGUCGAAACCAAGAGCUUGAUGGAGAUAAAAUGCGUCCUCCGGGCGAGGGCGACGUAGCUCACGUGGUUGAGCGCAAGCCGGGUGCCAGUGGAUCUCAACCAGAUCUAGCUAGCGACCUUGAUCGCAAAAAGCAAGAGCAGGCUUCUAAGAGAGAGGCGGUUAAAGAAGAGAGGAGGCAGGGUAGGGCCCCUGAUGAUGGGGAUGCUAGGGCUGGUGUUGCGACUUGAAAGUAGA